UGUGCAGUGAAAGCAACAACAAUUGGUGACCAGGGAUCAUAUGAUUGUCUGCUAACAGCGCCCUAACAACAAAUGUUCAGUUAUUGAAAAGCCGAAAAGAUAAAUUAAAAUGCCUUUAGAGUGGAGUCGCGAAAAUAGCAAAAAAUUAAUAAAUUUGUUAGUACAGCAAGAAUGCCUGUGGGACGUAAGUAGUCCUACCUACCAUGACCGCGUAAAGAGGGAAAAUGCAUUUAAAUCAAUUCUAAACAAAAUGAAGCAGAAUUUGGAUAAUAUAAGGAUUUCGGACAUCAAAAAUAAGAUACUAAGCUUAAGAUCUCAGUAUAGAAAAGAAUUGCGGGCUAUAAAUGCUAGCCGGCGGAGUGGAGUUGGAAAUGAAGACAUUAGGCAUCCAAAAUUAUGGUGCUUUGAUGAGUUGGAUUUUCUGCGUCCUUCAAUUUAUAUAAGGCAAAGCACUUACAAUAUUCCUAAAAGAAAAACACCUGAAACCCAUAAAAAAACUUAUGAAAGCAAUGAGGAGGAUGACGAAAGUUUUUCGGUGAGUGGAUGACAAACAAUAGUUGCGUUCCUUAUCUCCCGGAAUUAGUCAGAUCAAGGUGUAUUAAACAUAAAUAAAU